AUGGCCGAGUGGUCUAAGGCGCCAGACUCAAGCAUACACUUGUCGCGAGACAGCGAUUGGGCGUUCUGGUACUCGUACGGGUGCGUGGGUUCAAAUCCCACUCCGUGCAAACUUUUGCAAAUGGUCACAGUAAAGACAGACACGAUGGCCGAGUGGUCUAAGGCGCCAGACUCAAGCAUACACUUGUUGCGAGACAGCGAUUGGGCGUUCUGGUACUCGUACGGACAGAGGCACGGAUGGCCGAGUGGUCUAAGGCGCCAGACUCAAGCAUACACUUGUUGCGAGACAGCGAUUGGGCGUUCUGGUACUCGUACGGGUGCGUGGGUUCAAAUCCCACUCCGUGCAAACAUUUUGCAAAUGGUCUCAGAAAGGACAGAGGCACGGAUGGCCGAGUGGUCUAAGGCGCCAGACUCAAGCAUACACUUGUUGCGAGACAGCGAUUGGGCGUUCUGGUACUCGUACGGGUGCGUGGGUUCAAAUCCCACUCCGUGCAAACUUUUGCAAAUGGUCACAGUAAAGACAGAGGCACGGAUGGCCGAGUGGUCUAAGGCGCCAGACUCAAGCAUACACUUGUUGCGAGACAGCGAUUGGGCGUUCUGGUACUCGUACGGGUGCACAGAGGCACGGAUGGCCGAGUGGUCUAAGGCGCCAGACUCAAGCAUACACUUGUUGCGAGACAGCGAUUGGGCGUUCUGGUACUCGUACGGGUGCGUGGGUUCAAAUCCCACUCCGUGCAAACUUUUGCAAAUGGUCACAGUAAAGGCACGGAUGGCCGAGUGGUCUAAGGCGCCAGACUCAAGCAUACACUUGUCGCGAGACAGCGAUUGGGCGUUCUGGUACUCGUACGGGUACGUGGGUUCAAAUCCCACUCCGUGCAAACUUUUGCAAAUGCCUCACAAUAAUAACAUUAUGAAAACACUAGGCUUGUGA